AUGCAAGUCAUUUCCCCUCUACCCCUCCUCCUCCUCCCCAUCCUCCUCCUCCCCCUCCCAACACACGGCCAAUCUACAGGCAGCACAACCCGCUACUGGGACUGCUGCAAACCCUCCUGCGCCUGGCCAGGCAAAGCUUCCCUGGCCACCGGCCCCGUAACGACCUGCGACCGCAACGAUAACCCCCUGACCGACGGCGGCGCCACCCGCAGCGGAUGCGACUCGGGCGGCAGCGCCUACAUGUGCAGCGCUCAGUCGCCCUGGGCCGUGUCGGACGACCUGAGCUACGGCUGGGCCGCCGUGCGCAUCACGGGGGGCACGGAGGCGCAGUGGUGCUGCGAGUGCUACGAGCUCACGUUUACGAGCGGCGCCGUGGCGGGGAAGAAGAUGGUUGUGCAGGCUACGAAUACGGGGGGUGAUUUGGGGCAGAAUCACUUUGAUAUUGCGAUCCCCGGCGGCGGCGUGGGCCAGUUCAACGCCUGCACGGAUCAGUACGGAGCGCCGGCCAACGGGUGGGGCCAGCGGUACGGCGGUGUCAGCUCCAGGGCCGAGUGUGACGGCUUCCCGGCGAAGCUCAAGGCCGGGUGCUACUGGCGCUUCGACUGGUUCCAAGGUGCCGAUAAUCCGAGCGUCUCCUUCCGUCAGGUGACUUGCCCGGCUGAGAUCAUCAAUAAGAGUGGCUGUAGGCGCCAGUGAUGGGCUUUUAAUCCGCUCCCGGGGGAAUUUUUUUCCCCUUAUAAAUCUCAAGUUUCAGCGCGCUGGAGUUGACUAUGAUUUGCUCCGAAAACUCUGGCAUCUCCCUAGAAUGGUCUUGGACCACCUUACGUAAAGUAACCGACGUUCGUAGUGUGCCGGUCGUUGGGCCAUCUGGAAUCAAAUGCCAAGAGCUGUGACUGAUAUAGAACGAGAGAGCCUUCGUAGCGAGCUUCGCCUUGGAAACUGAGCCAAGAAGUCCAGUUCAUGAAGGGGUUAAAGAGCGGCCCAUCCAAGAGAACCCGCUCCAUGUUGGUGGUGGUGAU